AAUGAGCCGGCAAGGUGCAUGGGGCCGUGUGGCCUCGAAUCUAUGGAAAUAUGUGAGAGGAGAUUUUUCGAAAAAGAAUUACGUGGCAGAAGAUGGAUCGGGAAAUCGCUUCUAUGAAAUCUCCAACAGUCGGCAAAAUGUAUCGAGAGGCUUCGAUCCCCCGAGCUCCGGAGCCCAACAGGAGCCAGAUUUAGAGUGGCAGGCGUGGCUCAGAGGUACACGUAGAAACGUCGAUGUCAUGUAUUGGAAUCUAUACUUUGACAGAUUCCCACCAUCCGACAGAGAAAUUGCGAUCAAUCGAAUGAAACAACAGGCUCAACUGGCUCAGGAUUCGAACACUGAAAAACGUGCUCCACAAGUACAAUCCGAGGGAAAAGGAGCCGGAGAUCAUAAACCGCAAAAAUUCCCGAAAUACAAGGACCUGGAAGUGACGCCUGGUUAUCAGGAGAAAAAAUAAUUUUAAAAUUUUUUUUCGAAAAUUUUUUUUUUUCGAUUUAGAAUUUUAAUUCAUCCUUAGAAAAUACAGGUUCUAGAAUAAACCGUAAAAAUUU